AUGCAGGUUAUUGUGCAAAUACUCCAUAGCGUAAACUCGUGGCGAAGAUCGAAUCGCAACCGUUCGCCCAAACGUGACCCUCCCCUCGCCCUCGCUUUCCUUUCCCACGCUUCCGCUCUCUUUCGCCCGCGUCGUCGCCAUCGCUUCCGCAGCUCGUCGCGUGCCCGUCGCCCUCGCUCCGCGCGUCGCCUUCACUUCUCCCUCGUCGCCUUCACUCCCCCCCCCCCUCUUCCGUUGCCUUCAUUUCCCCCUCCCGUCGCCUUCACUUCCCCCUCCCGUCGCCUUCACUUCCCCUCCCGUCGCCUUCAUUUCCCCCUCCCAUCGCCUUCAUUUCCCCCUCCCGUCGCCCUCACUUCCCCCUCCCGUCGCCUUCACUUCUCCCCCCCGAUGCCUUCGAUUCCCCCUCUCGUCGCCUUCCACGCCUGCCGCACUCGCUUUCCCCCCGUCACACUCGCUUCCCCACCCGUCACCUUCACUUCCCCUCCCAUUGCCUUUCACUCUCUCCUGCUCAAUCUCUUUCCCCCUGCUCACUCUCUUCCCCCCUGCUCACUCUCUUUCCCCCUGCUCACUCUCUUCCCCCCUGCUCACUCUCUUCCCCCCUGCUCACUCGCUUCCCCCCUCCUCAAUCUCUUUCCCCCUGCUCACUCGCUUCCCCCCUCCUCAUUCUCUUUCCCUCUGCUCACUCCCCUUGUUCUAACCCCACUUUCCCCAUUUCUCACCCAUUUCCCCCCUUCACGCUCUCUUACCCCCUCUGCUCGCCCCUGUUUUCCCGACUCAUGCCUAUACUCACUCUCUCCCCCCCGCUCACUCUCUUCCCCCCUGCUCACUCUCUUUCCCCUUGCUCACUCUCUUUCCCCCCUUCUCACUCUCUUUCCCCCUUCACGCUCUCUUUCCAUCCCUUCCGCUUGUUGCCCCCCUUUGUCUCGUGCUCGUCCCCUCGCAAUCCCCGUCUCUCUCUCCCCCCGUCGCCCUCCCUUCCACUCCUCGUUGCCCUCGCCAUCCCUCCCUUCUCCCUUCCCAUCUCGCACACUUGUCACGCCCCCUUUCCAACCCGCACAUACACCCUUCCUUUCUUCCCUGUUUCCUCGUAUCCCCUGCGCUGCUUCCCCCCAUCCUCCGACUUGCUCCCCCCAUCCCCUUCCCUGCUUCCCCCCAACCCCUUCCCUGCUCCCCCCCAUCCCCUUCCCUGCUUUCCCCCUUCCCCUUCCCUGCUUCCCCCCGUCCCCUUCCCUCCUUCCCCCGUCCCCCUUCCCCCGUCCCCCUCCCAGCAUCCCCCCAUCCGCUUCCCUGCUCACCCCCAUCCCCUUCCCUGCUCCCCCCCAUCCCCUUCCCUGCUUCCCCCUAUCUCCUUCCCUGCUUCCCCCUAUCGCCUUCCCUGCUCACCCCUGCUCCCUCUGUUUCACCCUUGCUCCCUCCCCUUCUUCUCUGCUCACUCUCUUCCCCCUUGCUCACUCUCUUUACUUCUGCUCACUCUGUUCCCCCUUGCUUCCUCUCUUCCCCUCUGUUCAAUCUGUCCCCCGCUGCUUCUUCUCUUCCCCUUUGCUCAUUCCGUUUACUGUCUUUCCCCCUUCACUCACCCCCAUACCCCCCAAUGCAGCUACAGCAAGCAUGCAAAAGAAUGACAACUGGCAAAUGAGGAAGGGAGGAACGGAGGAAGGGAGGAAGGGAGGAAGUGAGGAAUGCAGGAAUGAAGGAAGGGAGGAAGUGAUGAUGGGAGGAAGGGAGGUAGGGAGGACGCUUGGGGGAGAAGCAGAAGGGAGGGGAGGAAGAGAGGUUGGGGAGGAGGGUGGGGAGGAGGGUGGGGAGGAGGGUGGGGAGGAGGCUGAGGAGGAGGGUGAGGAGGAGGGUGGGGAGGAGGGUGGGGAGGAGGAGGAGGGUGGGGAGGAGGGUGGGGAGGAGGGUGGGGAGGAGGGUGGGGAGGAGGGUGGGGAGGAGGGUGGGGAGGAGGGUGGGGAGGAGGGUGGGGAGGAAGGUGGGGAGGAGGCUGGGGAGGAGGCUGGGGAGGAGGCUGGGGAGGAGGGUGGGGAGGAGGCUGGAGAGGAGGGUGGGGAGGAGGGUGGGGAGGAGGGUGGGGAGGAGGGUGGGGAGGAGGGUGGGGAGGAGGGUGGGGAGGAGGGUGGGGAGGAGGGUGGGGAGGAGGGUGGGGAGGAAGGUGUGGAGGAGGGUGGGGAGGAGGCUGGGGAGGAGGCUGGGGAGGAGGCUGGGGAGGAGGCUGGGGAGGAGGGUGGGGAGGAGGCUGGAGAGGAGGGUGGGGAGGAGGUUGGGGAGGAGGCUGGGGUGGGGCGGAAUGGGGUGGGGCAGAAAGGGGUGGGGCGGAAUGGAGUGGGGCAGAAAGGGGUGGGGCGGAAUGGGGAGAGGGAUGGGGAGGUGAGGGAUGAGGAGAUGAGGGAUGGGGAGAUGAGGGAAGGGGAGAUGAAGAAUGGGGAGAUGAGGGAAGGGGUAAUGAAUGAGCGUGUAUGCGACGGAAGGGUGCUGCUGACCACGCACCCUCCCACACCCCACGCAAUGGGAAGGGAUGAGAGGGUGGGCGGCAUGGGUAGAGAAGCGAUGGUGAAGAGGGGGAACGUGAUGGGCAGGGGAGUGAUGAUGACGUGGAAAGAGGAGGAGAGAAGGGAGGUCGGCGGGAAGGCUAAGCAAGGACAAUGGGAGGGCAAGCGUGGGCGACAGUGGCAGUGGGCGACGGUGGCGGUGGGCGACGGUGGCGGUGGGCGACGGUGGGGAGAAGCGUGGGCGACGGUGGGGGGAAGCGUGGGCGACGGUGGGGGGAAGCGUGGGCGACGGUGGGGGGAAGCGUAG